UACUCCGGAAACAGUACUUGUUAAUUGUGUCUGAAAGUGUGCUAUUUCCCCAAAGUUGGGCGAGAGUGCUGUCCUGCUCAGCUCUCGAGUUGCAUCUCUGACAUGGAGGUUGGUCCAGGGAGCCGCACAGGCUGAGGCACUGUGCGAGGUGCGGGGACGUGUCUGGCAGCGAGCAGAGCAGCGAUGGGAGGGAGAGCGGAAGAAGCUGACCUGCAGGAAAUGCUGUCAUUCUGGGAUGUGGCCAUUGAUUUCUCUCCAGAAGAGAGGGAAUGUCUGGACUCUGCUCAAUGGAAUCUGUACAGGGAUGUGAUGCUGGAGAAUUACAGCAACCUGGAUUUCCUGGGUCUUGCUCUCUCUAAGCCAUUCCUGGUGACAUUUCUGGAGCAAAGACAAGGGCCUUGGGACGUGAAGAGACAAGCAGCAGCCACUGUGCACCCAGGAAAAACACUCAAUAAAUGUAAAGAUUUCAGCAAGGCCUUUUAUUACAAUUCACUGCUUAUUCAACGCCAGAGAAUUCGUACAGGGGAGAACCCCUUCAAGUGUGAAGAAUGUGGUAAGGCCUUUAAUACUCGUUCAAACCUUUCUGAACACAAGAGAAUACAUACUGGAGAAAAACCCUACAAAUGUGAAGAAUGUGGUAAAGCCUUUCGUAUUCGUUCAAAACUUUCUACACACCAGAGAGUUCAUACUGGAGAAAAACCCUACAAGUGUGAAGAAUGUGGUAAGGCCUUUAAUAGUCAUUCAAACCUUUCUGAACACAAGAGAAUACACACUGGAGAAAAACCCUACAAAUGUGAAGAAUGUGGCAAGUCCUUUAGUACUCGCUCAACACAUUAUAGACACCAGAAAAAUCAUACUGGAGAAAAACCAUACAAGUGUGAAGAAUGCUCCAAAGUAUUUUCCUACCCUUCUUUACUUAAAGUACAUCAAAGAAUUCAUUCUGCAGAGAAAUCUUACAAGUGUGAAGAAUGUGGGAAACCAUUUUACUGUCCUUUAUUGCUUAAGAAGCAUCAAAUAAUUCAUUCUGCAGAGAAACCUUACAAGUGUGCAGAGUGUGGCAAAGCAUUUCACUAUCCUUCAUUGCUUAAGCGACAUCAAAGAAUUCAUGCUGGAAAGAAACCCUGUAAGUGUAAAGACUGCGAUAGGGCAUUUUACUCUUCUGCAUUCCUUAAACGUCAUCAAAGAAUUCAUUCUGAAGAGAAUUCCUACAAGUGUGGAGAAUGUGGCAAAAGGUUUUAUUCUUUUCCACACCUUCAGUAUCACCAAAGAUUUCAUUCUGGAGAGAAACCAUACAAAUGUGAACAAUGUGGGAAAACAUUUUCUACUCUCUCAUACCUUCCUUGGCAUAAAUUGCGUCAUUCUGGGGAGAAAUCAUACAAGUGUGAAAAAUGUGGAAAAAUGUUUUACUCUACUUUGGACCUUAAAAAACACCAAAAAAUUCAUGAAUAUAAAUGUGGGGAAUGUCACUAUGGCUUUCCUAAUUACUCAGCCCUUACUGCACACCAGAGAGUUCAUACUGGAGAGAAACCUCAUGUAUGUGAACAAUGUGGGAAAGACUUUUCUAGGCUCGAUAGCCUCAAUCAGCACCAGAUUGUUCAUACUGGAGAGAAACCCUAUAAAUGUGAAAAGUGUGGCAAAGGUUUUUUCCGAUCUUCAUCCCUUAAAAGACACCAGAAAUACCAUACUGAUGAGAAAACCUACAAGUGUGAAAAAUGUGGUAAACGGUUUUUGCGUUCCUCACAUCUUCAGCAUCAUCAAAAAAUUCAUACUGGAGAGAAACCAUACAAAUGUGAAGAAUGUCACAAAGCCUUUCUUCAUCACUCAUACCUUAGGAAACACCAGGCAGUUCAUACUGGAGAGAAACCCUACAAGUGUGAAGAGUGUGGAAAUUCGUUUUACUAUCCUGCAAUGCUGAAGCAACAUCAAAGAAUUCAUUCUGGAGAGAAACCUGACAAGUGUGAAGAAUGUGGAAAGGUAUUUUCCUCUGCUUUCUUCCUUAACCAACAUAAAGGAAUCGAUUCCAGAGAGAAAAGGUACAAGUGUCUAGAAUGUGGCAAAUCCUUUUGCUAUCGUUCAUAUCUUAGGGAACAUUACAGAAGGCAUUCUGGAGAGUAUCCGUACAAGUGUGAAGAAUGUGGCAAAGGGUUUUCCCGUUCUUCAAAGCUUCAGGAACAUCAAACAAUUCAUACUGGAGUUAAACCAUACAAGUGUGAAGAGUGUGGGAAAUGUUUUUCCUCUUUUACGUCCCUUAAAAGACAUCAAAUAAUCCAUUCUGAAGAAACUCCCCAUGAGUGUGUAGAGUGUGGCAAAAGGUUUUCUAGUUCUUCCCGCCUUCAGGAACAUCAAAAAAUUCAUACUGAAGAGAAACCAUACAAAUGUGAAGAAUGUCACAAAGCCUUUCUUUAUCAUUCAUUUCUUAGAAGACACAGAGCAGUUCAUACUAGAGAGAAACCCUACAAGUGUGAGGAGUGUGGGAAAUGUUAUACCUCUUUUACGUCCCUGAAAAGACAUCAAACAAUCCAUCCUGUAGACACUCCCUGUGAGUGGGUAUAAUGUGGCAAAAAGCUUUCUUGUUCUGCACACCUUCAGGAACAUCAAAAAAGUCAUGAUAGAAAGAAACCUGUAUCAACGUGAAGACUGUCACAAAGCCCUUAUUGCUCAUUUCUUAGGAGACACAUGGCAGUUCAUACUGGAGAGAAAACUUACAAGUGUGAGGAGUGUGGCCGAUGGUUUUUCUUUUCUUCAGCCCUUAGACGACAUCAAAUAAUUCCUUUUGAAGACAGUCCCUACAAGUGUGCGGAAUGUGACUGAGCCUUUUCGACAGUGCCUACUUUUACAAAACACAAGUUUGUUCAUUCUCUAGAGAAACUGUUGAAGUAGGAACAAUGUGGGAAAGCCUUGUCUUGUAAUUCUUCUGUGAUUCAACAGAAGUUAAGUCAUAUUGGAAUGAAAUCUUACCAGUGUGAAGAAUGUAGGAAAAUGUUUGACUCUGCUUCACAACUGAAGAAACAAAACAAACAAAAACAAAAAUUCAGUGUUGAGAGAAAGCAUAGAAAUGUGAUGGAUAUGGUAGAACCUUUUCCAUUGACUGUUACCAGCAUACAAUACUUCCUAUGGGAGAGUAAUGCCCCAAACGUGAAAAGUGUGGCAAAAUGUUUUACUCUAGAGCUUAAAUUCCAAAAUACUCACACUGGAGAAAAACCAUACAAGCGUGAAGAGUGUCUCCUUAUGUCACCUUACCUCUGUGUACCCACUAAGUUAAUUAUUUUGAAAUGUAAAAUAUCUAAUAUCCACAAGCACAAAUGCUAAGAAUAUGAUCGGGUGACAGUAAAAAUACAUCUUUGAUGUCAUCUCCCCACCACUCUAUAAACCAGUGGGAUUGGAAUAUACCCACAUUGAUCACUUCUUUCUUCUGCGGCUAUCAAUAGACCUUUGUUGUUUCAGUUACCUGAGUCUGAGUCUGAGCACUGGGCCAUGGUAUACUUACUGUAGUUUUCCUUUCCCCGUGGAGACACCCAAGCACCUGUAAUAAUGUCUCCCAUGGGUUUUGCAGGAAGCUCCAUAAAGUCAUACUUUUCACCAAGUUUGAUUUGAAUGAAAUGAUCUGCUUUGGUCCCAGUCAACCUGAAGUGAAUGAGAACUAGUGUUUGACUUCCCAGUAAACUCCAAAAGAAGAGAUUGUCAGUCGUGUUUGGUUCCAGAGUAAAGAAUCUCUGAUCCGCUUUAAGUUCAGAAAGUGUUUAGUGUGUGUGCGUGUGUGUGUGUGUGUGUGUGUGUGUGUGUGUGUAUGUGUGUCAGUACCUUCAUUGUCAUAGCAAAUUCUCAUACUGUAAUAAGGACAAAAGCCAAAUGCACUCACUGAGCAGAGACGAAAGAUGCUUAUUGUAUUUAUAAAGCCUAAAUGAACUUUUAAGGACUAGGUAAAAUGUUAAGGUUUAUGUAAUGUAUAAUGACUCGCCUGCCAUUAUAAGGAAACUAUCAUAUGUUUCUUCUGUUACUAGGAAACUUUCUAACAUGCAACUGAUUAAAUAUUCUGUUUUUCUCUGCCUUUCUAAACUAAUCGCUAUAGAAGUCAGUGGAAUUGUUUUGCGUAGUUACCCACAAUAAGCUUGGAUCCGAACCAACCAUCCAAUACUUCCUGUACCCGUGUAUAGAUUUUUUUGGUAUAAGCUGCUCCUGAGAUGGACCCCAAUGUAAGAGAUAUAAAGAACUAUUUAAAAUAAGCCUUCUAUUUUGAGUCAUACUUGAGUAACAUUUAAGUUCCCAAGACCUCCCUGGGAACUGACAUCUUACUUGGUAGAAAGAGACAUGUAAGUGAGUAACUGACAUCCUGGUAGACAAGUUAAGACAUGAAUGUUAGACCAGGUAAGUCCCUGACACAGUGGAAUACCUCAACCAGUGUGAGCAGGAUAAGCACACAACAAAGACAUGUUCCUAAGGAAAGCCCCUAUCCCUAAAUCCUGAUGGUGAAAUAUAACUUGGCACAGAUGUUUGUGGAUUUGGGGCUUUAAAAUCCCUGUAAAGCCAAACCCCAUGCCAUGGUUAAUUGCCCAGAUCUGGACCAUGGCCCUGGUCAAUCAGUCCUGGAGUAUAUGCUCAAUAAACUCUCCCUGUCUGACUGUCA